CGCAGAGGUAAGAGUAAGAGAAAGGUACUGAGUAGAGGAAUGAAAGGGAGGGGGAAAGAGGAAAAGGAAGAGGAGCGGAGACAGUGACGGGUGGUAGGAGUGAGGGGACUGAACGGGAGGGCAGACUGGAGAGCUUGGAGGUGGCACAAACAUAAGGAUCUAACAUCGCUUUCGUCAGUCCGCGUGCAGUGUGACGGUUGGGAGUCAAAUCACAGCCGUCACCGAGACACAAACAAACAUUCCACACAGGAGGAGGCUGGAUAGUGUGUGCGGGAGGACGAAGACUCCACAAGGAACACAUACCAUCAAGGCCAAGACGGUCGUUCGAAGUGUAUCCUAGGCACGAAGAAUCCACACUCUCCAACAACUCCCACAACGAAGAGCCACAGAAGAGACGCGGCAAGGACUCCACGUUUUCUUGCCUCCACCACAAGAGUCCAAAAACGGGGCCUACAAAUCAGGGCUCCUCGCUCGUUCUCCGACAUGAGUUCUCCCUCCAAAGAUGCCUCCCGCAGCGUCUACCACGAAGCCUUCCCCGAUGACUCUCUUGUGCCCUCCCCUUCCUCCUCCUCCUCCACCUCCUCCAGCAGCUCCUCUUCUAAUUCAAACUCUAACAAGGGAAAGGUCACGAGAGGGCCCCCGAAGUGGAACCCUUUUGAGCGAUAUCCCGAGUUUCUGGAGCGGGAUAAGUGGCUCAAGGAGGAGAACCAACUGCUCUCUGAAGAAGAAGAGGAUGAGUUCCAGCGAUUCGUCCACGGCUACGAGAAGUACAAAGCAAAGGACAAAGCGGGCGAGCCUUUCUGGGAAGAGCAGAGGAGGAGUCUCCCUUCCUUCAGCCUCGACGCGGCACGGGACGAGAGGUACUUCAUCGGAUAUGACGAGGAAGGUAAUGAAGUGAGAUACAAUGACGAAAAGCACUUGUUGAAAAGGGUGCGACAGAGCGAAAUCCUGAAAUUCCAAGCAGAUUGUAGGAAGGUAAUGAAACAAAGGGAAGAAUGCAGAAAGCGCAGAGAGGAAGAGAAGAUACGCAAACGAGAUGUGAAAGAAAACCAAGGGAAGGAUAUGAGAGCCACGAGGAAGUACGAUAUAUCAUUUGUCGGUAAGAAGCAAGGUCUGUGGCGGAAGAGCGGAUUCAAAGAGAUGAACGAGGAGAUAAAAAAGGAGGUAACUAGGGACGGAGAAUCACAGUAUGUCGCGGUUAACAAGGCACAGGAAGGCAGGAAGAAGGCAGGAAGAAGGCAGGAAAAGGACACAAGCAGCGAGGAGGAAUCUAAUGCAACAGAAAAUCCCAAAACACAAAGUCAAAAAAUGGCAGAAAAAAACAACAAACGUCGGAUAUGUAUGGACGAGGUAGACAAUGACCUCCAGACCGCUGCAAAGAAAAUGAACGCUGUGUCUUAUGAUUUUGAGAAGAAUGCUGAUAGUGAUUUCGGUGAAGAUAAUAUCCUCUUACAAAUCCUGACACGUGAUAAGCCAGGGCACAGCGGGGAGAGGCGCAACAUGGGAGACACCCGCGAUGAUGAUGAAGCACAGCAGUUCCGAGGAGGAGAAGAGUUCGCCUUUGAUGGGAAAUUCUCGAGCGAUGACGAAGAGGAGGAACCAGAGUUUGAGAAGAGGCGAAGCAAAAAUAAACGCAGAAACAGAAACAGCAAUAAAGACGACGAGGCGGACGGGUUUGAAUACAAGGUCACCGAGGAAGAUUACAUAAUACCGGGAUUCGAACAGGAGGCAGAGUUCAGCGGAGACGACAUCGGCAACGGCAGCGACAUCGACCACCUCGCGGAGAUCCUUGAGCGCACGGAAAACGCCUCACCAACACCGCUGCACGACACGAUGAAAACGAAAGAAACCUACGAAACCGAUGACGUCGAGACCGAAGAGAUGCACGCUUACGAAACAAAGGCAGGAGAUAAAAAGAAAAUUAACCCACAGAAAUCCGAAGAGACCGAGGAGGAAGAUAGCAUGGGAGAAGACGAAGAGAACGAGGAGGAAGAUAGCAAGAUGGAAGGCGGAGUGGAGACAAAAACGGCAAUACUCUUCCGCCAUUCCUCCAGAUUCCAGAAGGAGCUAGAGGAGAAGCAGAUGAAGGAGGUGAGACAGAAGGUCCUCAACGAUCUCGCCGACAUGGACGUGGCGAUCGAACUCCUGAUGAUGGACUUGGAAGGCCGCGACGCUAGUGACAACGAGGAGGCGGAAAGUGAGACGGAGAGAAACGUUGAAGAAGAACAGAACCUGGACCGGUAGUCGCAAACGUUUCGACCACCUGGGAUAUCUGUUUCAAGAGGCUCUCGUAGAAGUUACAUGUUGGGAUUUCCUCUGGCGGUAGUUUUCUAAGAUUUCUACGCCAUGAACGGAUAAAACACGCUUGGGAACCCGAUGUAUUAUUUAUGUGGCCUUAGAAAAUUAUCAUAUACCAAGAGCCUGAAGCGUUUGAGUAGAGUCCAGGCGAGAGACGAAUACGGGUGAAAUAAGCUGAAGGAAGUUUUUUUUAUAGUUUAUAAGGAAAAACGUUGUUAAAGGACAGAGAAUAAGAUGAAUUUAGUUCCUUAAUAUGCUCUUGAUUUUGAAAGCUCUCCUGUUAACGAAAUAAAUGUCUGGUGCUGUUGUCGCUCUUUAAAACAUGCAUGAAUCAUUAUUUUAAAGAAUUGUUUAUUCAAGGUGUGGGAGUCAGUACUUGCUUUGUACCCAGACUGACAAAUACUCGUGAAUGUGAGGAAAGAACUUCAUGAUACUUUAUGUGUUUGUAUUUCAAUCAAUAAAAAAUA